AUGGCCGGAAUCAAAGUUCACGGAAUCCCAAUGUCCACCGCCACCAUGCGCGUCCUCGCUGCUCUUUACGAGAAGGAACUCGAUUUCGAUCUUAUCCCCGUCGAUAUGCGAGCCGGUGCUCACAAGCAAGAGCCCUUCCUUUCCCUCAACCCUUUCGGUCAAAUUCCAGCUCUCGAAGAUGGUGAUUUGACUCUUUUCGAGUCGAGAGCCAUCGCAGAGUACAUAGCAGAGGAAUACAGUGAGAAAGGCGAGAAGCUCUUCUGUCCAGGCUGCAAGAAAGUCAAGGCAGCUACAAAAGUAUGGCUUCAAGUCGAAGGUCAACAGUUCGACCCAAUCGCUUCGAAGUUAGCCUUCGAACGUGUCUUCAAAGGAAUGUUUGGGAUGACCACUGACCCUGCAGCUGUGGAAGAGCUCGAAGGGAAGCUCGUCAAGGUCUUGGAUAUAUACGAGGCGAGGCUUGCGAAAUCUGAGUUCUUGGCUUGUGAUUGCUUCACUUUGGCUGAUCUUAACCAUCUCCCCGCGAUUCAUUACUUGAUGGGUACUGACUCGAAGAAGCUAUUUGAGUCUCGCCCUAAGGUUAGCGAGUGGGUUAAGAAGAUCACUGCAAGGCCAGCUUGGGCUAAAGUUGUUGAACUCCAGAAGAAGCAGUGA